AUGGCGAUGCGGCAGCAGCAGAGGGUGAUUCGGCAAUUGGGUGAUUUGGGAAUUAGGAGAGCUAAGAUGAGUGAUGCUGGUUACCUUGUGGAAUCAGAUCCGUCUGAAGAGUCUGUUGAGGAGAGUAGAGAAGGAAUAGAUCUAGGAAGAAUGGGAGGAAACAGGAAAGAGACAGGAGGAGAUGUGCAAAGAAAGGAUGUAGGUAUACAGUUGGUUCAGUCUCAGGGAGCAGAUACAGAUAGAGCAGCUCAGGCUGAUAGGCAAAGAGGAGAGGCUGACACAUCUGACACCUCUGUGCCAGCUUCCAAGGUGAAAAUGGACCAAAUCAAGCCUCCCAAGAAUCUUAUACUGUCCCGGGAGAGCAUGAACGCUGCUCUGGAUGCCCUCCUAGCUGGGCAAUCCGUGGGGGAGGCUACUCAAAGGGUGGCCGAAGUUAUUUCUUCCAGGUCGGCUACCCGACCUCCUCCUCCUCCGGCCUCCUCUCAGGCUCCCAGACCGAGUUCCCGACGUAGCAAGUCAUCCCGGCCAUCCAGCCGCAGCAGAUCGAGCUCGGCUUCUCAGUCUUCUCAAGCCCCCCAAUCUCGACGGGCUUCUAAUGAGGGGACGAAAGAGGCUCCAGGGGUCAUCUCUGGGCUGGUCAAAGACACCGAACCGGCUAGGACGGAUCCUGUCCUUCCUUUCGAGGAGGUUCUUGAGGUGAGGGUUGAGGCCCCUGCCGUUGAAGAGAGGGCUCCGGACAAAGAAAUGGAGGUUAUUCCGGCGGGCGAAGGUGCCUAG